AUGUCACUAGCUAGAACGACUUUAGCUCCUUUGACGAAACGAGCGAUCUUCUCAAUUCUGAGUCGUUCAUUUAGCGGGGCUCAAGAAGCUGACAUAGUCGUCAUUGGUGCAGGUCCAGGUGGCUAUGUGGCUGCAAUUAAAGCUGCUCAGCUUGGAAUGAAG